AUGGCGAGCCGGGCGCCGCUGAGAGCCGCGCGCAGUCCGCAGGGUCCCCGAGGCCCGGCCGCGCCUGCCGCCACCGGCCGGGCCGCACUGCCCAGCGCCGACGGCUGUCCCCUCCCUCCUGGCCGCAACUCCUCCUCCAGGCCUCGGCUGCUGCUCCUGCUGCUCCUGCUGCUCCAAGACGCUGGAGCCCAGCAAGGUGAUGGCUGUGGACACACUGUAUUAGGCCCUGAGAGUGGAACCCUUGCAUCCAUCAACUACCCGCAUACCUAUCCUAACAGCACAGUAUGUGAGUGGGAGAUCCGAGUAAAGACAGGAGAAAGAAUUCGCAUCAAAUUUGGCGACUUUGACAUUGAAGAUUCUGAUUCUUGUCACCUUAAUUACCUGAAAAUCUAUAAUGGAAUUGGAGUCAGCAGAACAGAAAUAGGCAAAUACUGUGGUCUGCGAUUACAGAUGAAUCAGUCAAUUGAGUCCAAAGGCAGUGAGGUCACGGUGCUGUUCAUGAGUGGAAUCCAUGCUUCCGGACGAGGAUUCUUGGCUUCAUACUCAGUUAUAGACAAACAAGAUUUAAUCACUUGUUUGGAUACUGUUUCGAAUUUUUUGGAACCUGAGUUCAGUAAAUACUGCCCAGCUGGUUGUCUGCUCCCUUUUGCUGAAAUAUCUGGAACAAUUCCUCAUGGAUAUAGAGAUUCUUCGCCGUUGUGUAUGGCUGGAAUCCAUGCAGGAGUGGUGUCAAACGUGCUGGGUGGCCAAGUCAGCGUUGUGAUUAGCAAAGGCACCCCGUACUAUGACAGCUCCUUGGCUAACAACGUCACUUCCAUGGUGGGAUACUUAUCUGCGAGUCUGUUUACGUUUAAGACCAGUGGUUGCUAUGGAACUCUGGGGAUGGAGUCGGGCGUGAUUGCCGAUCCCCAGAUAACAGCAUCAUCUGUACUGGAGUGGACUGACCACAUGGGGCAGGAGAACAGCUGGAAACCAGAGAAGGCCAGGCUGAGAAAGCCUGGACCUCCAUGGGCUGCUUUUGCCACCGAUGAGCAUCAGUGGCUGCAAAUAGACCUGAAUAAGGAGAAGAAGAUAACAGGUAUUGUAACCACUGGAUCCACCAUGGUAGAGCACAAUUACUAUGUGUCUGCCUACAGAGUUCUGUAUAGCGAUGAUGGGCAGAAGUGGACUGUAUACAGAGAGCCUGGGGUGGAGCAGGACAAGAUAUUUCAAGGAAACAAAGAUUAUCACAAGGAUGUUCGUAAUAACUUUUUGCCACCAAUUAUUGCACGUUUCAUUAGAGUGAACCCUGUCCAGUGGCAACAGAAAAUUGCCAUGAAAGUGGAACUGCUCGGAUGUCAGUUUACUCUCAAAGGUCGUCUGCCAAAGCUUACUCAGCCGCCACCACCUCGGAACAGCAACAACCUCAAAAACACUACAACUCACCCCAAAAUAGGUCGUGCCCCUAAAUUUAAUCAAGCACUCCAACCACGAAGUAGGAAUGAACUUCCUGCACAGACAGCACAAACAACUGCUACUCCUGAUAUAAAAAAUACGACAGUAACUCCCAAUGUAACCAAAGAUGUCGCCCUGGCUGCUGUUCUUGUUCCUGUGUUGGUCAUGGCUCUCACCACACUUAUCCUCAUUUUGGUGUGUGCUUGGCAUUGGAGAAACAGGAAGAAAAAAACUGAAGGCACCUAUGAUUUACCCCGCUGGGACCGGGCAGGUUGGUGGAAAGGCGUGAAGCAGUUCCUCCCAGCCAAGUCAGUGGAACAUGAGGAGACACCAGUCCGCUACAGCAAUAGUGAAGUCAGUCACCUGAGUCCGAGGGAAGUCACCACAGUGCUGCAAGCUGAUUCUGCAGAGUACGCACAGCCCCUCGUGGGAGGAAUUGUUGGCACACUCCAUCAGAGAUCGACCUUUAAGCCUGAGGACGGGAAAGCAGCAGGCUAUGCGGACCUAGAUGCUUACAACUCUGCAGUGCAGGAGGUGUACCAUGCCUAUGCUGAACCGCUGCCCAUAACGGGCCCUGAGUAUGCAACCCCGAUCAUCUUGGACAUGUCGGGGCGCCCCACAGCCUCAGUUGGCCUGCCCUCCACAUCCACUUUCAGAACUGCAGGGACCCAACCUCCCGCUUCAGUGGGAACUUACAACACACUUCUCUCCAGGACUGACAGCUGCUCCUCGGGCCAGGCUCAGUACGACACCCCAAAAGGUGGGAAGCCAGCAGCUGCCCCAGAGGAACUGGUCUACCAGGUACCACAGAGCACCCAGGAAGUAUCAGGAGCAGGAAGGGAUGAGAAAUUUGAUGCUUUUAAAGAAAUCCUUUGAAGGUGGUGCUGCUUUUUUCUUUCUUUCUUUCUUUUUUUUUUUUACAAAGCAUCCAUUUAAAGCACAUGGCUUUUUAAUUCUUAGUGGUAGUAAUAGUAGAAUCGUAUCUGUCACUGAAGUGGCUUGGGGAAUGUGGUGACCCAGGUACAAGGAACUACUUAUCUUGCCAUCUUGCUUUAAAGGUGUUGCUGUGUGGCACAGUUACUGCUUGCCUGUUACAUUUCAAGCAUCCUGUUGGUUACUACUGUAAAACACUAUUUUUAAUACAGAAAAGGCUCCCUAUAAUGCACUUCAAAGAAACUGAAAAUCACUUAGUAUUUAUUACCAUGCUGCAGGUACACUAAUGAACUUGAGAUGGUUCUGUAAGCCUUGCUGGCAAUACUGCAUGGUACUGUUCUUGAAAUACCAAAUGGCUUGAAAUUUUCCCUUCGUGAAAGGUGGGUACUAUCACGCUUUCUUCCUCUUUGAAUCCUGCGUUACUGUCGGCAUUCUUUUUUUCCUCA